AUGAACACUGCUUCCGGUCCGGUGGAAAUAGAAAAUUGUUCCGGCUUCCAUAGAAGAGGGCUAUUUCUUCACUGUCUUAUCUUAUUCAAUCCAAUAAAGAUGGAUCGAUAUCAUAAAGUGGAAAAGCCAAGAGCAGAGCAACCAAUUGAUGAGAAUGAGAUCCGAAUUACAAGCCAAGGAAGAAUGCGUAACUAUAUCACAUAUGCCAUGGGUUUGCUUCAGGAAAAAGGGUCAUCAGAAAUUGUGUUUAAAGCAAUGGGGAGAGCAAUAAAUAAAACUGUUACAAUUGUGGAGUUGAUAAAGAGAAGAAUUGUAGGUCUUCAUCAAAUUACAUCCAUUGGAUCCACAGAUAUAGUCGAUACAUGGGAACCCUUAGAGGAAGGCUUACUCCCUCUAGAAACAACAAGACAUGUCUCAAUGAUAACUGUAACUCUCUCUAUGAAGGAGCUCAAUACAUCAUCUAUCGGGUAUCAGCCUCCAUUGCCAGCUGAUCAGGUGAAAGUGGGACCUGAGUUUGAGUAUGAAGGAGAGGGGUCACCAACUACAAGGGGAAGGGGUCGUGGUGGAAGGGGAAGGGGUAGGGGAAGGUCCAGGGGCAUUUCUGGGAAUGGGUAUGCGCAAGGGGGGGAGUAUGAUGAUGGGGGGUGGGAUGGGCCCCAUGAUUUCCCAAGGGGCAGAGGGGGGAGAGGAAGAGGAAGAGGACGAAGUUUCAGAGGACGUGGAAGGGGAAAUUACAAUAAUGCCCCUGCUUAUGUGGAUGAUCAUUAUGAUGGAGGAUUUAAUCAAGAACCACCCAUGCAAGGCAGAGGACGUGGACGUGGGAGGGGACCACGUGGCAGGGGACGUGGGUUUAGAUCAAAUGGGCCGAUCCAGUCAGCAGCAACAGUGACAGCUGGAGGUGCAUAAACAUAAACAUGCAAGGCUUGGUUUCUUUGGUGUGGUUUAUUAUCUUAUGAUGAUGAUGAUGAUGAUGAUGAUGAUGUUUUGUAUUGUUUGUUGAUUUUGUUAAAGCUAAAUUAGGACAGGAGGACAAAAUCAGUUUGUAAUAGUUUUAGACUAAUUUUUAGUAGCUUUUUAAACCUUCAUGCCAGCCAUUUUUAUAGUGAGCUUGAGCUUAUAUUUUUUAUUUGUAACUUUUUUGUUUCUUUGUAGAAUUUGUAGGUUUAUAAAAUACUUGUUUAACAAGACUUGAAGUAGAGUAAUUAGUUUCUCAUUUAUUCAUAUAGGGGUGUUUGAUAAUUGAUAUUGCUUAUUAAAACAACUAAUUUUUCUUGUGGAAAAAACAAGGGAUAAUUACUUAUAAG